AUGGAGCAGUUAUCGCAUCAGAUUUCGCUACAGAAGUACCACGCUGCAGAUGACCACAAAGAAAUACUGGAACGAAAGAAGCGAAUCGAAGCAUACAAAGAGACUACGGAAAAAAUCCGGCAGGAGCAAGAGGAGAACGCGAAAGAGGAAGAACGGCGUCAAGCGGAGCUUCAGCGAUUGGCUGAGCAGACGAGACUGGAGCAAGAAAACACCGAACGAAUGGAGACGAUGAGGCGCAAGGAGCAGGAAGAGAUUCACCGACGGAUGAUGCAAGACCGCAUGGAGCGUAUGAAAGAUCCCAAGUUCCGUCGUUUCCUUGCCGAUCUACCUGAGGAGGAAAUUCAGAACCUUGACAACGAAACUUUAUUGCAGAAACAGGUCAGUUUCACGUUGACCUUGUGCAGUUGUCUUUGGCCAUUCGGUUUCACCGAUGUUUUUGAGUUUUGUGGACGGAUUGAGUAA